UUGAUUUCAUGUGUUUUUAAAGUUUACAUUAUUUUUUGUGUGUAAAUAGUUAUGGAUACGUUUUAGGACCGUUUUUAGAAUUUUCAAUUACACAAUCAUAAAAAUGGAUACGGAUAUGGAGAGCAUUCACACAGAAGUUGAUGUAGAGUGUGACAUAUCUUCCAACUGUAGUUUGGACAAAGAUUUUUACAAGAGAGCUCAACAGUAUUGGUCAGAAGUUCCGGCGACAGUAAAUGGAAUGUUGGGAGGAAUGGGCUAUAUAAGCGCAAUUGAUAUACAAAGCUCUGGUAAUUUUCUUAGAGACUUAAAAACGUUAGGCACCAAAUACGCUUUAGAUUGCGGUGCUGGUAUAGGACGUGUAACAAAAAAUUUAUUGAUGCCUCGAUUUGAUGUGGUAGAUCUUGUUGAACAAGAUAGCGCAUUUGCUACCAAAGCGAAGGAGUAUUGCACAAUGGAUUCGGGAAACACUUUAGGUUUUCCUAAUCGGCUUGGAACUAUAUACAAUGUUGGCUUGCAAAUGUUUACUCCAGAUUGUAACAAAUACGAUCUAAUAUGGAGUCAGUGGGUACUUGGGCAUCUAACCGAUGAAGAUUUGUUAACUUUUUUUCAGCGUGUUCGGAUUGGAUUAGCUAAAGGAGGUUAUUUUGUAAUCAAAGAAAACGUAACAUCUACUAAAGAAGUAGAAAAAGACGAACAAGACUCAUCUGUAACACGUCCCUUAAAAGUAUACGAAGACACACUGCGUUUAGCAGAAUUUCGGAUACUGCGCAUAACGAGACAACAAAGUUUUCCAAAAGGCUUGUAUCCAGUAUAUAUGAUUGCUUCACGACCUAUUUCAUAUUUUGAGAAACCUCAAAAUAUACACUGACGUUUUAUUAAAUAGUUUUGACAAAUGUAAAAAAAUGUAACUAGUCUUGAAUAAGAAUUAAACAUGUUGGCUUAAAA